UGAACAUGAAGCAGUUCAUUCAUCGUUCCGUCCGUUCAACUGUGCCAUAUGCGAUCAAACUUUCAAAACCAAGACAAAUCUACAAAUCCAUAUCAAACGUCAUUUUAAGUACCCUUUUAAGUGCCAAAUGUGUGGUAAUGUUUUCGAGUCACAAAUACUGGAAGAUAAAUAUGGAAUUCGUGUUUACUACACAUGUCAUAUAUGCGAAGAAAGUUAUAAAAAAAGAGUACUGUUUGAGGAACAAGAUGUAUCAUGAAAGAAACAAUCAGCAAACAGAAAGAAAGGAUGUAGUAUUAACUGUUUCUCUAAGAUAAGUAUAUCAAAAUAAAUUUAUAUGUCUAUUUAACUCAGUUCACAGUAGUGAAUCCGAACUUAUGUACUAAACAUACAAUGUCCCGUAAUGAUGAGUAACCUGUGCAAGGAGUGAAAGAGAGUAAAAUUUUAAACAAGCAGUUCAUUUUUCAUUCUUGGCUUAGACCAUUAUUUAUGUACCGAGUUUUAAAUAUUAAAGUUCCCCAAUGAGACGGCGCGUAUACGAAGUAUGCAGGAGCGUCGCUCAUUGAGCUACUCCUUGCACUUGUCACCCCCGAUUCG